AUGCCUGUAGGGUAUAAAUGGGUAUUUGUACAGAAACAUAAUGAGAAAAAUAAAGUUAUAAGAUACAAAGCCACUCUUGUAGCCCAAGGUUUCUUGCAGAGACCUGGUAUUGAUUAUGAGGAAAUAUACUCUCAUGUGAUGGAUGCAAUCACAUUUCGCUUCUUGAUCAGUUUGACAGUCUUAGAAGGAUCAGAUAUAUAUGCGUCUGAUGGACAUGUUUCGUCGGAUGGAAGUAAUGGGGAGGAGGAUGAUCUUAUCAACCGAUGUGGUGAUUACACCUGCGGUGGUUAUUGUGCAAUCCGUUGCAUUUUAGCACGUGGAAAUAAUAACACUUGCUAUUACCAGGGAAAUGGAGGCGGUCAACUUGGAAUAUUUGGGUUGACCCCACAGGAGGUCGUAUCUUACUUAGAUGAGUUUAGGGUACUGAAGGAGGAUUGGGAGCUAAACACUGCUAUGUCAACGGAGUUUUCGAAGGUGUGGGAGCAACAACUAUGCUUUGCAUCUCUAGAUAGGAGAUUUGAUCGCAAUAUAAUAUUGGAUCAUGACGAAUAUGCUUAG